UGGGCUAGCCUCGAGACAGGUGCUUGUCCUGUCCUCCUGCAGUGCCAUGGCAGUGCCAUCGCAGUGCCGUCGCCACGGCCACUGCGAUAUAUAGUCGGCACCACUGCAGCGCGUGCAUCGCCACCGCGCCGCCACCGCAGCCCUCGGCCCGAGCCGUGUUUUCCUAGUUCCAAAGGACUGCCAGAGUGACCGGCCGGGCGUUCGACAUGCCGACCCAGACGCAGACCCAGGCCGCGACGGCGCCGCUGGUGCCCUCCAAGCAGGCCCUGCAGCUGCCCACGCUCAAGGGGCUGCGCGCCGCCGGCGCCGCGGAGUACGACGACGAGCUGGCCUUCUACGAGACCACCCUGCGCGCCGCGGAGGGCGACGCGGGGCUGGUGCUGAGCCACCUCGAGGUGGCGCCGGGCUGCAACGUGGGCGACAACUUCUCCAGCAUCGUGACCAGGACCACGGCGCAGGGCACGCGCGGCAGCGGGGAGGCGUUCCAGCGCAGCAUGAUCGUGAAGCGCACGCCGCAGACGGACCAGUUCCGCUGCCUGGCGGCCUUCGCCAAGGAGACGGACGCGUACUGCGGGCUGGUGCCCACGCUGCGGAGCCUGUGCGAGCGCGCGCGGCUGCCGCUGCCGCUGGCGGGGUGCCUGCACGCCUCCAGGACCCUCCGGCCCGACCACAUCAUCCUCGAGGACCUCACCACGCUGGGCUACUCCAUGCGGCCGCGGCAGCAGGGCAUGGACUUGCAGCACGCGCUGCUCAUCAUGGAGGCCCUGGGCCGCUUCCACGGCGCCUCGCUGGCGCUGCGCCGCCUCGACGCCCGCACGUUCCUGGAGCUGCGCGCCGACACCAGCGAGCUCAUCUUUUUCCCCGCGGCAGAGGCCGUGUUCGCGUGCAGCUUGCGGGCCUCCACCACCAUGGCCGCGCUCAGCCUGCGGCAGUCCGGGCGCGCCGACCUGGCGCAGCGCCUGCAGGCCCGCGCGGCCCGGACCGGCGUGUUCCAGGAGAUGUGCGCCGUGGUGGCGCCCCCCGCCGACGGCGACGUCGUCCCCGGCGUCUUCACGCACGGCGACUGCUGGGCCAACAACCUGCUCUUCAAGUACGGCCCGGGCGGCGCGCCCUGCCAGACGCGGCUCGUCGACCUGGCGGGCAUCCGGUACUCGUCCCCGGCCCUGGACCUGCUGCACUUCUUGUACACCAGCGUGCAGAGGGACGUGCGCCUCCGGCACCACGACGACCUGCUGCAGCGCUACCUGCGCACGCUCCGGGCCACGGUCCGCGAGCUGGUCCGCGCCAACGCUGCAGACGCACCUCUGGACCCGUCGCUGAGGCGAGGCGCUGCGGACGACGAGGACGACGUAUUUUCCGAGGAACAGUUGAAAGAAGAGAUGCGCAAGCGGGCGGCGUUCGGGCUGUGGAUCGGCCUGUGGAUGCUGCCGGCCAUCUUCUUCAGCCCGGACAUCGUGCCCUCGUCCGACUCCGACUCGCCCGUCGACUACUUCUCGGAGGAGACGCAGGCGCACAUGUGCAAGGCGCUCCCCAGAGAGUUCCACCGGCGCCUGCUGCACCUGGUGGAGGACCACGCCGAGGACGGCACUCUGUGAGAAGGCCGUGCGCAUCUCAGGGAGAACAGAAAAGCCAUCAUCAUGUCAACGAAAAGAACCUCAAAGUGGCCCAGAAACACGACAACUCGUGGUCAACACGAGUUCAAAAUGAGAUUUUAGCCUCGUCGCAUUUUGAUGCCAAGUGGCUGUGAAUGACUUGAUGUUGACUGCCCUGUUCUCUUUGGGGGUGGCGGUCCAUUGUUGUAUGAAAGUUAGUUGUUUUAGUCUUUUUCGCUUUAUAGAAGAUUGUUAACGUCGAAGUUACCUCAACGUACCUUGCUAGAAAUUUAUAUUUUUCUAUGAUAUCAUUUCUACGCUUAAACUAGACCAAAUAAAUGCCAAAUUGGGUUUUUCCACA